AUGGCCGCAAAGCUCUUCGCAGACUUUGAGGUUUUAGCCCAAGUUGCUGCAUCUGACGCGAGAACGAGGAAGUUUGAGAUCAACGCCAGAAAAGUUGCCACGACUGAAUGGAACGCAAUAGCUCCGGUCGAUCAGAAUGGACUCCGGCCAAAGCUCACUUUGUUCCAUGAAUUACAUGCACAGAUGGAGGCCGAGACCACGACAGUACUCGGCGAUGAGCCGCUGUCUAACGUCAGAGACAUAACGAACUACAUUGAGAAAUUGAGAGUCCGUGUGGACCGUCGCGGCGACCACGUCCUCAAUAUCAAUCGUCUCAUGGAUCUCAGGAGUGCCGGCCCCGAGAGGAACAGGGUGGACGCGCUGGCAUACCUGCGGCGACUUCGUAUCAAGCAGGGGGAAAGACGCCAGGAUGAUAGAGCUACCAUUACCAAGCUACUUCGCCUAUUGGCUGCGGCAGAGCAGAGAAACCUCGAAGGUCGGUUGAACGAUCGAUGGGUCGGCGUCGGGGGAACGAUCGCAGGCGGAUUUUCAAUUCCGCAAAUCUGGGUGAAAAGAAGCACGGCGAAUGUGAUCACCGAUCAAAGGAGUAAUGAGUGGCACCCAGAACCGUUCCUAUGGAGCAUUUUCGAAGAUCUCGUGAUCGCAGGCCUGCUGUUGGAGAGAGGGAGUCUCGGUCCGGCUGCCCCAGCUCCAGGGUGGGAUCUAAUCGUGCACAGAGACAUCAAGUUGGGGAACAUCUUCCUGGGCACAAACACCAGCGAUACUUUCCAAGGCUACCCAACUGCCAAGCUAGGUGAUUUCGGGGCUGCGUGCUUCGUCCCUGCAAACGAUCAGAGAAGGUUCGGGGAGUUCGACCAUGAGGACUUUGGCACUGAAACCGACAAAGCACCGGAACAACUCGACGAAGUGCUGUUCGGUAGACCAAACAGAAGGUACAAGAUCGGGACCAAGACCAACAUCUGGGCCAUAGGUAAUGCGAUGUGGGGAUUGGUGAAUUACGAAGAGGGAGACGUUCAGUUAGAGGACGGAUUUCGCGAGGACUACAAAGUGCCCGCCGCCUUCUCCGACACCCACCGGGGAAUGUACAGCUCGACGCUAUUGAGAUUGAUCACACGCUGUAUUCAAUACCUGCCGGAAAACCGGCCGAAUUUGAGCACUAUACUGUUCGAAAUCCAAAGGGCCACCGGACCUGGGGCCAACGAUCGCGCGAAUGGCCUACGAAACGCGCCCAAAAACGAUCCAGGCUUCAUGACUCGUCGUGGACCGCAUUUGAAGGCGGAACAGUACAAGCUGAGAACGCUUCUUACCGAAUGGACGGAAGAGAUAUUUCCGCUCCCAGCAUCGAGAAAGCGGAAGUCGGAGGACUUCUCUAUCGACGACCGCCUUGUUGAUACCAGGGAUCCCGAUGCUGCCUCGAUUGCGAGCGACGACGAUCUUGGAGGCGAGCAGGGCUCCAAUAUGGUCCCUACGCAGCAGGACCUGGCUGCUGGGUUGGUCUUUGACAGCGAUGGCCGCGAAGACGGAGGUGUUGGGUAUGGGCGAGGGACCUGA